UUGACUCGAAGGAAGUGACGUCAUGUAAACAACAUGGCGUUUUCCGAGGGAACAUUCCAAAUAUGUGCUAGAUUUUCAGUGGUUUUCUGAUAAGUACCUUAUAUUCAUGUCAAUUUCAAUCUGGUUGGUCCCUCCUGAUUGUAAUCCCUAACCAUGGCUUACUUGUUGGGAAGCAAGGCCUGUAUGGAAAGUCUUCGAAAUGAUGUUCAAGACUUGCAAUGGGCAAUUAAUGAUGUCUUUUCACGGACUGGACCAGUCUCCUCUCCAUCAUGGAAAUUCCCCGACAAAAAGUCAUGGGAUCUUGACAUUGAUGAAUUACUUGAAAUGUACGACUAUUCUGAAGAUGAAGAAGAGAGGCAGGUGGCACACAUUGCACUGUAUGAACUAGUGAUUGACAGGAUGGUGUUGUUGAUGCAGUCCAUGGGCAAAUACACCGAGCAGCUGAUGGCCAGUGUCAAGACAGGGGGAGACAACUCCUCCACCUCUAGUAGCUCUGUUGGCCUGGUUGUGAAGAAGUACUGGAAUAGACUGAUACAGCUUCACACAGUUGUACAGCAGACACAAUCCGAGAAUAAAUCAAAAAGUCGAAAAUUUUCUGAUUUGGAGAACACAGUCAGUAAACUAACCGAUGAGUUAGGUCAGCUCCACAAUGGAAAUGGGACAUCUUACCAGAGAGGACUCACUCCUCCGAAGACACUAGGAUUUGGGGGACUAAUCCCCCCGAACAACGCAGAGCUCGGUGUCACGAGAGGGGAGUCUGUGACCUCAAGCGAGGGGGAGAUUUCCAAGGAUGCUUGUAAUAAAUCAUCGCAAACAAUUGAGACGGUAUUUGUACCUUGUGAAUCAUGCCAUGCAGUUCAGAAGUGUUUCCGGGAAGCUGGCGAGGUCGUCAUCAAUACGUGUCAGUCUCAAAAUAUGCCGUCGUCAUUAAAGAAAUUUCGUGGUCAAGUGGUGGAUGUUGAAUGGUUGAGUUCCAAUGACGUGAAACGAUGGACAGCGGAGCAGAACAAAGACAUUGCCCGCAUAAGUAAACACGUCGAACAGCUUGCUGCAACAAUUGGUCCACUGCAAGAAGAUGUGGCAGGGUAUUUAAAAGAAAAGAGAAAAAUGACCGAAAAAGUGUCUAAGGCAGAAAAGGAUUUGAAGGUGGAGCGUGAGACACAGUCUGCAGUUCGGCACCAGUUUGAGGUGAAGGUCACAGAGUUGGAGAGGCAGCAUGCGGAGAUGCUGAAUCAUGUGACCCAGGAGAAGGAGGAGCUGAAGCAGUCUCGGUCAGCGCUGGAGGCGAUGUUGGCGCAGCUGAAGGAGGAGCUGAGAGAGCAGCAACAGCAGUUGCAACAGCUGGAAAAUACAAAACAAGACCUUCAAAGUGAGGUAGAUCAAAACAAGGCGACAUCCAGGGAAGUAACCUCACUAGAGUCAGAGGUCGGCACCUUGAGGACACAGCUGUCGGACAUCAAUGAGAAACUGGAGAAGACCCACCAGGACCUCGGCAAGGAACAAGCCAAGAACAGGAGUGUGGCUAAACAUGGCCAGUCCCUUCAGGGCAAGCAAGACGCCCUGCUGCAGAGAGUGGGUGACCUGGACCAGGAGAACCAGGACCUGAGGGACCAGGCGUCGCUGCUGGAGGAAGAGAAGGAAGCCAUUGAGGAGUCACUCACGGUUGCCAAGACAGAAGCUCAACAACUGGAACACAAGAUCAAGGAGAAAGAGGUCGUUAUAGAGAGCCUGAACACGGAGAAGACAAGUCUGAAGAAGAGCAUAGCUAAUACGGAAGGCAGGAUAGAGAGACUGGAGAAGUCCCUGGAGGAAGCCAGGGAGAGAGAGAGGAUGAUAAUAGAGUACCCUGACCUCAAUGGCCCAGUCAACCCAGACUAUCAGGGUACAGGUGAUAUCGUGACAGACAUGCAGAACCAAGUGAAGGCCAACUCAGUGAGGAUCCAGGUGCUGGAAGACCAGAACGAGGGACUCCGGAACUCCAUCACUAAAGUCCUCACCAUGACACAGGGCAGGGAGCCUCCAGCUAAACACCAGCAGAUGUCUGGGCCUGCUCCGCUGUGGAAGACGGAAUCCCCGAGUCAGUACAGAGAAGACGUGUCCCACGCGGACAACGCCAGAUAUUAUCAAGAGAAUCAGAACAAUAACAGUUCCACCAAAUCUGUGACUCCUGAAAAAACUCCACCCAAGACUGCAAUCAUACCCAAAGAACAGACGUUCGUCUUUGACCACAACAAGACUAAAACAGAAGGAGAGUUUCUGGUGACAAAGUCAUCUCGGCCCAGUAGUGCCAGUAGACAGAAGGAUAGCACAAAACAAGGGAGACCACCCAGUGGCAAAGGUAACCCAGGCAGAGUUAUGGCCCCUGUCAAUGCAACCAGCAUCAGUGCAUACAUCCAGAUGAAGAAGAGUGGGUACCAAAGCAACCAAGGCGUUGGGGCUGCUGUGCGGCCGCCACCUUCUGGCAAAGCUAGAAGCCAAUCAGGGACAGAUAACUCCGGCUAUGUCCGCCCAGACAUGUUUGUGUGUGCGGAGUGUGACAAGAUGUACAGCAAGCAGAGAGAUUUGGAAAUACACAAGAGUUACUGCACUGGGGGCCACUAGCUAACGGGGGUCAGCAUUAGUUGUUUUUUUUAAUUUUAAGAAAAUAGACCUUUUUUUAAAUUGCUGCAUUGUGAAAGUAGUGCUUUGAGACCCUUUUGAAAAUCACUUAUGUGAUAAUUAUUUUUUUGCAGGGCUCCAUUCAGAAUUACAGGACUAACUAGUUUUAGGAUUAGUGUUUUUAAUUAAAACAAAUUAACUCUUUCUUCAACAUGUUCGAACAAUUGCUUCAUUAUGAAAAUAGUGCUUUGAGACUUUCUUAAUCUUAUAAAAAUCACCUCAUGGGUUAAUUAUAUUUACCUGGGCAUCAUUAAGCAUUACACACAUAAAUAUUUAACAUGUUUUUUUGUUUUUUUGUUCAUUGUAAAUAUUAUACUUACCUGACUACGUUAUUCUAUUUAGUUAUAAUGACAAGUAAUCCGUUGUUAAUUAGAAGGUAUGUGUUUUGAAUAUGAUCUCAAGACUGCUACUUAUGUAUUAGGAGGUAUGGAGCACUUCUCAAUAUUGUCCUUCACCCUGUUCAUUAACACUGCCCUCCACAGAAGUCUUAGAGUUGAGUUGUCUUAGCCAGAUAACACGGACAUUCCUUCUAGGUGCUACACUGGAACACAGGUCUGUUGAUGUUUGUUGCUUGGAAUGUUUUUUUGUGACUGAAAGUAGUUUAAUUUAAUGAUAUUUUUAUGUGUUGAUAGUCUAUGACCUAGUUUGCAUACAGAGAAUCUCUUACUCGUCGUAAAAAGUAUAAACUACUCGCCAAGCCUGAGAGGUUUGAAUAUUUAUCGACUCAUGUUGAUAUAUUUUAUAUCAAACAAUCUCAUGAAAAUCAAAACUUAGUUCUCACUACUGUUCAAUAAAGAUCUGAGGACAUCCCAUUGCAUGUCAGGUCAGAAUGACCUUUCAUCUGACCUGUCAAAACAUCGCUCACCAGAUUAGGAAAGUGACAGUCGGAAUGUGGUUUCUAAUCAUACAACCUCUAAAAGUUUAACAUGGCAUAUUCCAAACAACUACGGGCUUCACAAUUGAAUCCGUCAAAAACAUUGUCUGUCAGUGUAGUCUCCAUUUCGAAACUAGUGCCGUAUAGCUCGAGAAAGCUGCUUUCUGAUUGGCUUAUGUGAACUUCUUGUGAGUCUUUUCAUUGGUCAGUCAAAGUUUGCGAAAGGUCGUUCUGACAACCCAUAAUGGGAUGUCCUCAAAUCUUUGUUUAGAGGUAACGAGAGCUAAGAUCUGAUUUUAAUGAGACUGUAUAUCAAAAGACAUGAAGGUGAGAUUCUAUUUAUCCUCUAAAAUCAUUCUUGUUCAGUUUCUAACAGUAAUAACCAGUGUCUUGAGUGUAAAUAGUACAGCUAACCAGCUUCAGUGGCAGAGCGAUUAUUGAUAUCAUUUGGUUGUGAUGUCAUGGUAACCGAUGAUGUCACAAUGGUCUGUAACACAUUGUGAUGCAGUUUCAUUGUAGUGAUACCUCCUAGGAUCUGUACUGAUCUCACCCAUACAUAUCUCCUGUGGAAGCCGGUUUAGGAUGUUAUAUUCUAAUUUACAGUUUACUCUAUCACUGAUAGCGAUAUCCUGUAAUAUAGUUCUCACACUGGUUGUGACAGUGUAUCUCGGAGCUGCUAAUGUUUGUAUUACAAGCCUGUAUUUGUGAAUACCCACACAUAUCUGCACCUGGGCCCACUUGCACAAAGUGAUCUUAGCUCUAAGACGAUCGUAAGCCUAUGUUAGGGUGUGGGAGUUACGAUCAUCUUAGCACUAAGAUCGCUUUGUGCAAGUUGGCCCUGAAGUCGAGGCUUUGUCAAUACUUCACGGGUCUGUAUACACAACAUUCCUCCAUCACCCGCCAAUACAUUUUGCCUAUUUUUGGUGUAGUCGUUAUCUUUUACGAACUAAUUAAGUGAUGACCUGGUUUCAGACAUAGGAAAACCAGCGAGUAUUUGACUCGAUUAUUUUCAGACCCCGUCAUAUAGCUGGCAUGUUGGUGAGUGCAGCGUUAAACAACAAACAAACAAACAAACACUGGCCACAGCCUAGUGGACAUUUACUCUUCACCUUGAUUUAACAUCCUGCAUCACUUCGGUCUUUCCUCCUACAUUAUGCUGACAUGCCGUGAUAUGACUGGAAUACUGUUAAAGCAGCGUUAAACCCAACUCACUCACUCACUCACUCACUCACUCACUCACUCACUCACUCACUCACUCACUCACUCAUAAGUCAUGUGACAGAAUGAUGGUCUAUAGUACCAGUGGGAAACUGCCUUAUUGAAUAAACUGUGAUAUUCCAGGAUACAACCUGUCUCUAACAUUCCCACAGAUGUCACUUUGGAUACUUCCAGUGUUUUUACACAAACACCAGGUUUCUCCGUCACCGAGUAUUGAUGAAGUAUUGACGAUCCCCCAGUAUCGAUGAAGUAUUGACGAUCACCUGUAUCAAUGAAGUAUUGACGAUCACCCAGUAUCGAUGAAGUAUUGACGAUCACCCAGUAUCGAUGAAGUAUUGACGAUCACCCAAUAUUGAUGACGUAUUGACGAUCACAGAUUUAUGGCACCCUAGAUUUACAAAGAAAUCCAGUUAAAUACCUUAUAAUUGUCUUGAAGUGAGCAUGGUGUUGUUCAGACAAGGAUUUACCAACACAAGAAAGAAUGGUAUUAUUGUGUGAGAUGUACGAACACAGCGCUCUCGUACCUGUUAGACAUAUAUUAGUCAUAUUUUCGUUUUUCUUUGUGUACGACAAAUAUGCAGUGUGUUGCCAUUAUUUGAAAAUUUGGGAGUCCAACAAUCACAGUAUCCAUACAUCACUUGCCGUAAGAGCUGACUAACGGGAUCUGGUGGUCAAGCUCGCUGACUUAGUUGAUGCAUGUCAUCAUAUCCCAAUUGCGUGGAUCGAUGCUCAUGAUGUCAAUCACUGGAUUGUCUGGUCCAGACUCGAUUAUUUACAUUCCGCCGUCAUGUAGCUGGAAUAUUUCUGAGUGCGGCGUUAAACAACAAACAACAACAUUAAAACCAGAUAGUGAGAUUGAUCUGUCCAUGUUUGAAAUAUUGAACAGAAUCCAUGUUUCUAAACAUUUGAUCACAGCAUGUAUAUAAUAAAUUGUUUUUAUUUAUUGAUAGACCAAUCUUUAAUGUAGGUGAUCUCCGUGUAGUGUUAUUUUAUGAACCGUCCAAUUGUGUCUUAUACUAUGUGUCUUAAAAUUAAGAUGUUCACCUAAUAGUGUUAUUUAGGUGCUUUAUUUAUUUACCCAAAAGAAUAAAUAUGUACACAAACGUUAA